UAUGACAUCCAUCCCUGCUGUAGCUACUAGCUGGGUGCCACAGUAUUGUGAGCAGCAUUCCCAUUUGCAGUCUUCAGAAAACGGUCAUGGUGCAACAACCAGGAUAACUAUACGAAGACGUUAUUAUGGCAACAUCACCCCGUGAGCUCACACAGAACCCGCUGAAGAAAAUUUGGAUGCCCUAUAAAAAUGGUCUUCCAGAAAAACAUAUUUCUCAGAGAAAGGUAUGCAUGACCAACUGCCCCACCCUUAUUGUCACAGUGGGCCUCCCGGCAAGAGGGAAGACUUACAUCUCCAAGAAGUUGACCCGCUACUUGAACUGGAUAGACGUACCCACCAAAGAGUUCAAUGUGGGGCAGUACCGGCGGGAGUGUGUGAAGAUCUACAAGUCCUUUGAGUUCUUCCGUCCAGACAAUGAGGAGGGUUUAAAGAUUAGGAAGCAGUGUGCAUCAGCAGCACUGAACGAUGUCCGACGGUACCUCAGAGACGAGGGUGGGCAGGUGGCGGUGUUUGAUGCCACCAAUACGACAAGAGAGAGAAGAGGGACCAUCAUGAAGUUUGCGGAACAGAAUGGCUAUAAGGUGUUCUUUGUGGAGUCUGUCUGUGAAGACCCUGAGGUCAUUGCACAGAACAUUGUGCAAGUGAAGCUGGGCUGCCCAGACUACAUAGACUGUAACACAGAGGAGGCCGUACAGGACUUCAUGAAGAGGAUAAAGUGCUACGAGAACUCAUACCAGCCUCUGGAUGAAGUUCUGGACAGGGACCUGUCCUUCAUCAAGAUCAUGGAUGUGGGCCGGCGCUACCUGGUGAACCGGGUCCUGGAUCACAUCCAGAGCCGCAUUGUGUACUACCUCAUGAACAUCCACAUCACGCCCCGUUCUAUUUACCUGUGUCGGCACGGGGAGAGCGACCUCAACGUCAAGGGUCGCAUCGGGGGUGACUCUGGGCUGUCCCUGAGGGGCAAGGAGUUUGCCCGGUGUUUGGGGCGCUUCAUUGAGGACCAGAACAUCAGGGACCUGAAGGUAUGGACCAGCCAGAUGAAGCGGACCAUUCAGACGGCAGAGGCCCUGGGCAUGCCUUACGAGCAGUGGAAGGCCCUCAACGAGAUUGACGCGGGCGUGUGUGAGGAGAUGAUGUAUGAGGAGAUUCAGGAGCACUACCCACUGGAGUUUGCUCUGCGGGACCAAGACAAGUAUCGUUACCGCUACCCCAAAGGGGAGUCGUAUGAGGACCUGGUGCAGAGACUGGAGCCAGUCAUCAUGGAGCUCGAGCGUCAGGAGAACGUGCUGGUCAUCUGUCACCAGGCUGUCAUGCGCUGUCUCCUGGCCUACUUCCUGGACAAGUCUGCAGAGGAACUUCCUUACCUAAAAUGCCCUUUGCAUACAGUCCUGAAACUCACUCCAGUGGCUUACGGCUGCAAGGUGGAGUCCAUUUGUCUGAACAUAGAGGCAGUGAACACCCACAGGGACCGACCAGAGAAUGUAGACAUUACACGGAUAUCGGAAGAGGCCUUGCUUACCGUCCCCGCUUACCAAUGAGCAUGUCUCCUGACCUCACUAACCACCACUGUCAGACUGUCCAGCCCACACCAGCAUCCCACCCCACUGUUUUUCUUUUUGGGAAUCAGAAAAGCACAACCUAAUGUACAUUUUAACUCCAUGAGGUUCAGAAUAUGUUUCUCACCUUUUUUCAUGUUGCAAGAAUAAUUAACUGGAAUCCAGUUAGAUGAUGAUUUUUACCCUGCUGUUGGGGUCUGAAUUCUUUUUGUGUGUGAUUUUGCCAUAUGUAGGGCUGUGCAUAUUGUGUAUGAUGAAGAAAUAUUCAGUUUUUGGGAAUUGAUGUGAAACCAUGUUAUUUUAUGCUGUUAACAUAAAUGGAAAAUUGAGACAAAAGAAGUUGUUUUUAGGGAUCAAAAAUAUUGAAGAGGAUGUCAUUUUCAGAAGUGCUGUUUUGAUGAUAUUUCAGUUUCUGGCCAAAACGUGAAAUCGUGCUGCGAUUUCAUGUUUGUCUCCUUUUGGUGCGUUUGCGGAAAAUGAAUGCUUUUGUAUCUGUGAGUUUAUCACAUUUCAAUGUUUUGUUUUUUUUGCACAUCUCUGUCCAUUUUCCCAGUUAGAAGUUGUAUUUUCUCCAGAAGUGUGUAGUCACAAGUCACCUUCACUUAGUAAUUAGCUUUCAAAAAGAAAUGUGGAUGGUAGUAAAGCAAAAUACAGAGCUACAGUAUUGUUGACAAAAUAGGGAUAAGACAAAGGCUUUUCAGAUUAUUCACAUUAUUCCUUUAUGUCAGAUUUAAAUUUUCUACUUUGGCACUGUCUAGCUAAAAACACCAAAAUUUAAAGUAGCACCAUUAGAAGUAAAUUGUGAUUUAUUUUUACCAUUUUUUUACCUUGCUAUUUAUGUUCUUAUUGCCAUUUGAUAUGCACAAAUCUGUGAGACAUCAAGCUUGGUUUAGGUGUUGAUAAUGUAGUAAUAAACAAUAAAAUAAGAAAAGAGAGUGUCUACAUGGGAAACCCACUGUAGUACCCUAACCCUAACCCUAGAACAGGGUUGAACAAAAAAGCAUAUAAUUUCCAACUGUGUGUAGAGUUUACAAGUUGGGUGCCAUACGUAGUCUUUACCUGGUGAAAAGUAGAAAUUCUCACCUGAUGGUUGAGUCCUGUUUGGGUCUUGUCCAGUGGCUUGCUUCAUGAAUAUCUCUGAAGAGAUUAUUAAAUCGAAUCAAUCAUUUCAUUAUUUGCUCACAAAUACAUGUCUAGAAUCUGGUCCUGUUGUGCAAAGACCUACAAUCUCACUCUCUUCUGAAAAAAACUAAGCCUUGGAUGGGCUGUAUACAGUACAUGGGCAAACUUCUGAGCCUUUGGAAUAUCGCAAAUGGUUGUGAUGGGGAACACUGGGGUUUUAACUGCUCAGUACAGGGAACCUGAACAGGCUGAAACAAACUGUCAUUGUGCAUUUUAUUCCACACUGCAUGUGACAUGUUUGGCUGUAACCUGGCCUCCUGCUCUGUUCAGACUCUGUACAUGUCUCAAGGUGCUUCUUGUAAUAACAAAACACAGGGGCUUCAAAUUGUGUUUUUAAUCAACAUUUUGUUUAUGGCCAUGUUGUUGACUACAGUCAUUUUUGUCCAUCAGGAAUUUCUAAUUAUUUCAAAUUAAUUUUGCUCAAGAUCAAGUGUUUUGAUUUUAUUCAAAUUAUUGCAAAUUAAUUUUGCUCAAGAUCAAGUGUUUUGAUUUUAUUCUAAUUGUACAUCCGAUUAAUGUAACGGGUGUAUUUUGUGAUAUCUCCAUGACGUACAUGCCUAGAUAAUGUGAAUAAAUAAAUAAUCCAUUGGAAA